GCCAGAUGCCGAAUAAUUCCAUUUAAAUUAGUUGCAAGUUGAAAGCGCGAUGAGAGCAUCAUUGUCUAUAUGUAUCAUCCUGUUGGCGGUUUUUAUCCUCAACGUUUCCGGCGAUAACAGCACUAAUGAUGCAGGGUUCGAAAAUCGUAUUAGUACGUUCCUGACACGCUCUAAAACUAGAUCUCGUAGAACACAGGCUUGCCGUCGGAGUGUCCAGAAGAAUUGCUCAUCCUCAACGAAGACCUGUGCCCGCCUUGGGAAGGCCAACAUCUGUCAGGCUUUCCAGAACGACUGCCAGCGUCAGUUAAGCAAUUGUGAUAAUAAAAAAUUCUAUCGCAAAGUGGAACUGAAUCUAUGCCGCGGCAUGCCCAUCGCUGUGGUUCGACCCUGUGGCAGUGGCUAAUAGGAAAAGAUUCCUAAAAAAAGAGUACAUAAUAGGUUUUGAUAACUUUCUUAGGCUUUUUUAUAUAAGCUGUAUAUGGAAAAUCAUUAGAGAAAUACUACUAAACUACUACAUUUUUAAUUCUUCUGUAGGAACUAUAAAAAUUCUGUACUUAAACUUUAAUUUCUUAGCCAGAAAAAUAUGUAAUAUUAGCU